AUUACUGGUGAUAUGUAAAUAAAAACAAACAAACAAAAGCAAAAGAAGAAGAAAAACAAAAAAGCACGCAUACCACUGUACUAAACACUUAGGCCACAUGUCAAAUUGCGUUUACGGUAUUUAAUAGUAUACGGGUUACAUCCAAAACCGCAUACUACUGAAAUAAAUAGUGCACUUAAUCUUAGGUACCAACAUGUGCUCGCUUACUAAACAGUCAGUGUUGGUUGCGCGUCUUUGACAGACUCUUUAGUGUCUUAGCGCGCGGUUUGGGACGGAGCCCACGUCACCGAGCGAUAGUCAAACUGCGCGAUUGUCACUCGCUCGAUGUGCUGAUCUGUUAAUCUGGCCUGAAGAGCAGCGUAGGGGAAGUUCAGCCCGGGGAGGGCGGUGAUGAAGAUGAUGAGGGGGUGAGUGACAAAAAAAACUGCUUCUCUUUUCUUCUGACAGAGAGAGAGAAAAACCUCCAUCCCCAUGAGCUCAUGAAUAAAUUAUAGCGGCUCAUUGUGCAAUAGAGGGAGGAAUGCGGUUGAGCCUGGCAAAAUACGGACGAGUGUGUAACGUUACGGACUAUACACAGUCUCUCUCUCUCUCUCUCUCUCUCUCACACACACACACACACACCGCUCCGGAGCUCAAGUGCUCGCCUGCUUCAGUACAGCCGCCGCUGGUUAUGCUGCGGUCUCACCGCUGGACUCCGGGGAGCUCCACAGCCGGGGGGUCUUCACUGCUAACCCCAGAUCUUAGCUCUUAGCCUCGUUUCCCCGCUUGUAGAUGGAUUACAGGCAGAAGUAGGACGACAAGUCACGGUGUCGCGUCUUAACUCCGAGUUAAGUCGAUUCAGGAAAAAAGUGGACAUCUUUAAAAAUCUAGCGCCUUGUAUGUAGCAGGCGGAGGAGCGGUUAGGUUUCAGUGUCUUUCCGAGUCCUACACGGUUCAACAAGCCGAGCAACCACGGGCAGCUGGAGUCUCAAGGACGUGUCAACAGGAGCUCCAGAGGCGAAACAAAAGAACAAGCAGACUGCCUGCCAGGUUGAGGUGAUUCGGGGUUCUCAGCUGACCCCCACGUUCCUCCGAUGAACCCCAUCAACUCCAUGAAACCUGCCCUGCCUCCAACGCCACACAGUGACGGCUCGUACCCCUAUGACCCAGCGUCCUGGCAGCAAGGCACCAACCAGCCCCCCGGCUCCCUGUCUGUGGUAACCACAGUGUGGGGGGUUACCAGUCCUUCACCCAGCCAGGUAUUUGGUGCUCCUAUGGGACCGGGUGGCAAUUCAGCUGGUGGUCACAUGAUGCCUGGCAAUAGCCCUGGCAUGAACUCUCCCCAGUUCAUGGGGCAGCAGGGCUACCCGGAGCCCAACAAGGGCUAUAUGCAGCAGGGGAUGUAUGGCCGGCCUAGCGGGGGCUACCCGACCGGACCUGCGUAUGGCGGCAGUUACCCCAAUAAUGGUGGAGGCUCCCUCGGGAUGCCUCCUCACGGCGUUCGCCCUCCCACCGACUUCACCCAGGCCGCCGCCGCUGCUGCCGUCGCCGCUGCCGCUGCCACAGCAACCGCCACCGCCACGGCGACUGUUGCUGCAAUACAGGAAAAGCAGAACCAGGAGAUGAACUACGGGCCUAUGGGUGGUGCUUCCUCUUACAACACUCAGUUCAUGCCCCACCCUGGACCCCGUGGCCCGCCAGGCAUGGCCUCCUCUGGGAUGGUGGGAUCCAGACCCCCCUCUAUGGGAGGCAUGUACAGUUCGCAGGGACAGCGUAUGCCCCAACACUCCGGUUACCCCGGAGGGCAGCAGGGACCUCCGCCACGACACCAGCAGGGGCUGAAGCGCCCUUACAACUCUGAGGGAUUCCCAGGGCAGCAGUAUGGCUCCGGGAUGGGAGCAGCGGGUCCUUAUCCCAGCCAGGCCAUGCAGUACCAUGGCCCCGGCCCACAGCGAUCAGCACCUUCGCCUUCCUACACGGGCCACAGGAUGCCGAUUCAGCAGUCCAACAUGGGCCAGUAUCCUGCAGGACCAGGAAACCCAGGACAAUAUUACAAGGCAGAUCAGUUCAACGGGCAAGCUAACAACCAUGGGAGUCUGGCCACAGGAGUGGGUGGAGGUGGAGGGUACAACACGUUUAACCAAGGGGCUGUGAACGGGCCUGGGCGGGCAAUGCCUGGCUACCCCAGCUCACCCCUGCCUGGAAACCCUACUCCUCCCAUGACUCCUGGCAGCUCAAUGCCACCCUAUAUGUCGCCUGGCCAGGAUGUGAAGUCUCCCUUCCUCCCUGACGUCAAGCCCAAUAUCAACACAAUGCAGCCCCCUACAGGGAACCCAAGCGAUGACCUGCGCCUGACUUUCCCUGUUCGGGACGGGGUGGUGCUGGAACCCUUCCGGCUGGAGCACAACCUGGCUGUCAGCAACCACGUCUUCCAGCUGCGCGACUCCGUCUACAAGACACUUAUGAUGAGGCCGGACCUGGAGUUGCAGUUUAAAUGCUACCAUCAUGAGGACCGGCAGAUGAACACCAACUGGCCGGCCUCGGUGCAGGUGAGCGUGAAUGCCACGCCCCUCACCAUCGAGCGAGGCGACAACAAAACCUCCCACAAGCCCCUCUACCUGAAACAAGUGUGCCAGCCAGGUCGGAACACCAUCCAGAUUACCGUCACCGCCUGCUGCUGUUCUCAUCUGUUCGUGCUGCAGCUGGUCCACCGGCCCUCAGUGCGCUCUGUGCUGCAGGGUCUUAUGAAGAAGAGGCUCCUGCCUGCCGAGCACUGUGUCACCAAAAUCAAGAGGAACUUCAGCAGCGGAACCAUACCGGGAACUCCUGGGCUAAACGGCGAGGAUGGCGUGGAGCAGACAGCCAUCAAGGUCUCCCUCAAGUGUCCGAUCACUUUCCGACGCAUCCAGCUUCCAGCUCGGGGCCACGACUGCAGGCACAUACAGUGUUUUGACCUGGAGUCGUACCUGCAGCUUAACUGUGAGAGAGGGACUUGGCGCUGUCCUGUGUGCAAUAAGACAGCUCUUCUGGAGGGACUAGAAGUGGAUCAGUAUAUGCUGGGCAUUCUCAUCUAUAUUCAGAAUUCGGACUAUGAGGAGAUCACUAUCGAUCCAGUGUGUAGUUGGAAGCCAGUCCCUGUGAAGCCUGACCUGCAUAUUAAAGAGGAUCCGGAUGGUCCAGCGCUGAAACGAUGUCGCACCCUCAGCCCCAGUCACAUGAUCCUGCCCAGUGUUAUGGAGAUGAUCGCUGCGUUGGGCCCGGCCUCGUCACCCUACCAAUCCUUACCACAAGGCGGCAGCAGUAGCACGCCCGAUUACCCCAGCCAAGCUGGUUCGGGAUAUUCCAAUCAGCCAGGCUUCUCAGACUUUCCCAACGCCCCCAGCACUCCAACCUUGGGCGAGUUUUCCUCGGGGCCUCCGCCCCUCUCCUACCAGGCUGACCUUCCCAGUGGCCUACUGACCCCUGAGAAACCCGUGGGGCACCCCAUGUCCAGCCAGAUUCCCCAUUCUAGUCGCAUGGACCCAUCCCAUAACCCCCUUCAGCAGCAGCAGCAACAGCCCCAGCCGCAGCAGCAGCAGCAACAGCAGCAUCAACCUCUCCAUGGUAAUUCCAAUCUGGGUGGCCCAGGAGGACCCAUGCAUUCACGCAACUCCAACCAGAAUCCCCGGCUGCACACAGAUAGCUUUGGCCUUGGCGGCCCCGGGGGGCCAGGCGACGUAACGGAGCCUGGUCUUGAUCUGCUCCCAGAGCUAACAAACCCAGACGAGCUGCUGACCUACCUGGGGCCUCCUGACCUCCCUAACAACAGCAACGAUGACCUGCUCUCGCUAUUUGAGAGCAACUGAGUUCACACACAGCUUGUACACCCCCACCUCCAGCUUAGCCACACCAUCCUUAAAAAAAAACCCCAUCUCCCAGCAGUACAUACUCUUAGCACGCUACGAGGAGGUUUGGGGGAUCAAGGCGUGGAAUCCUCGCAAACAUUUGAGUCUAACUAUUGGCCUGCCCUGUUCCUUUGAGACUGGAAUGCAGAAAUGCUCGUAGCAAGGAAGGUGCAGAAGAUUUAAUCCGACUUUGACGUUCCUGUUAGUCUGCCUCUGAAAAAUGUCAUGGUUUUAUUGUUAUUUUUUGUUUGUUUUUUUUCUGAUUUGAAGAGUCCCUUUUAUAUUUCCAGCUCCUGCAAAAUCCAUUUGUAGAAACGCACCCCAUCUGAUGUCUAACUUGUGCUUGGUGUAAAUUACAUCGCAUUUGCAGUUCAUGGGAUUUGCCCAUUGUCAUUUAUUCUUGAUCAUGUUUUAAUCAAGUGUGAAGUACUGACAUUCUUUAAAAUCCAGAAUUUGUCGAUAACAAGAAGAACCGAAUUUUGAUAAUGCUACGGGCUCUUUAAGAAUGACAUCAGAAACAACGCCAAAAUAUGUCUGGCCUCUGUUGUAACCUGAAUGCAUGUGUAAAAGCUGGGAAUGCCAAUGGACCCUGCAAACACAAGACACAGACAUGCCUUACCUCAACAGGUUUUAAAAAAAUAAUAAUAAAUAAAAAAAUAAAUAAAAAAUCUCCACCAGUAAGCUAGCAUGCCAUUAUAUAUUGCCCACACCAUUAAUUGAUCUCACGAAUUUGUACUUGAAGACCAGGAGUUAGCUUAUACUUUGUGUUAGGAGCCUCUUUACAGCCUGCAUGCCCUUGUCCUUCGCCUUGUUUAGAGAUGCAAUCACAAAGCAUAUCUCACCGUAGCAUCAAAGAAACGUACUGUACUCAUUUGCCGAACUUAAAAGAAAAAUAAAAAUGUAAAAAUUUAAAUCAGGCUGUUUCUGGAGGGGGAGAGGGUUUGAAUCCUACGCUAUCAGGAAGCCACUGUAGAUAUGAGAAAAACAUUCAAUCCGUGGGAGUGUGUUUACGCAAGAUGAAAUACAAGAAGCACACGUUAACGCACAGACAUACCACAAACUAUACCAAGUGUGUUUAUGGCACACAUUCCUCUACUCGCAGUUUUUUUGCCUCCUUGCUCUUUUUUUUUCUUCUCCCCCCUCCUUCUACUUAAACAAUAGUGUCUUCCUGCGCUGUUGGCACAAAGUCCUGUGCUGAUUGUGAAUCUGUCCUACACAAGAGAAGGAACAAAGUCGCAACCCUGAUCAUUCUCUAUUCACGCAGCCUUUACCUUCUAGGCAUCGUGUUAUUUUAGUUGCCUUUAGAUAUGCAAUGUCCCAUCGUUCAGCAGGACUCGGCGGAAAGAAGAGGUCUCGCAGAGCACAAACAACCCAAUCACAUACGUCAGACAGGGUAUAUCUCUCACAAAUGCACACUCAAGCUCACAAAAUGCAACUCUUAAAAUAAGAGUGCGUUCAGGUCCUAAAUUUUCCACAAUUUCACAUUUUGUCUCUGACAUCCGGGUGUUUCAUUUUUGCAGUAUGAUGGCCACUUGAUAGUCUGGUCUAAUGGCAGUACCCAUUACUUGUUACUGAUGAGGAACAAUUAGAGAGCUGUGUUGAAAAUAUGUACAGAUAUAGGAUUAUUAUUGUUACAGAUGUAUACAUUCUCUGUACCCCAUGAUAAAACUCACAUACACUUUAAACACUAUGACAAACAUUCAUUUUUGUCCAAAAAGCUCUUGUUCUUUUUCAGUUUGAUUGCAAGAGAGACUCGAUGGAGAGAGGAGGACAGUCUGCUUCCCUGUAUCCUGUCUUGUCUUACUUUUAUUAUUUAUGAUUGCUCUCUGGACACUGUCGGCUAUGUGCAGUUUGUAUCCUAAACAAUACAGGGAGGGUCAGGAGUUCUUGGAUGUGCAAUUGUUUUUUGGAGACAUUUGUGUAUCAUACAAUUUUAUCUUUUGAUUAUAUAAUUAUUGUUAUUAUAAUAAUUAUAAAGAUAAUUGGUGGACCUGUAUGCAUCUCUCUUAUGUGUGUUAUCUAGCAAAGUUUAUGAAUUUGUUCAAAAAGAGGAAUUUUUUUUCAUUUACACCAUCAUGAAAGGUGUGAACAUGAAGGGUUUCAAUAAGAGAGCGAAGAAGCGUCUUUGAGACCAGCAGCAAGUCACACUUACUGUUUGUCCAACUGUUAAGAAAAAAGAAAAAAAAAAAGUUUGACCGUCAUGUGUAGGUGAAUCUUUCACGUUUUAACGAUUUAAUUAAACUUGUAAAAUCUUAAUCAUUUUUUUUGUUUUUCUAAAGAUGUGAAAUAUUUCCAUUAUGUUUUUUAAGUAAAGACUUAAUCCCCA